AUGGAGGCAGCUAGAUUGAUGGACAACUUUCCCUGCAUACCAGUUCGAGGGAUCUGUGACUAUGUUGAUUCGCACAAGAAUGAGGAGUGGCAGAAUUAUGCUGCAGCUACUGCAGCUGUCUGCGCGAAAGAUCCAAUUUCUGUUCUUAAUUCGAGUGCAUCUGAUGAAGCUUCUGCUGCAAUAAACCCAAUGGCCUCCGUCGAAAGUGGUAUGCAUCAUUCUUUUCACUCUUCAGACGAUUGCUAA